AUGGCAAUGGCUCUCCUUAGCUUUAAUCCACUUCACUGUCUCCUGUCUUCACCGGUUUCUUCUUGCACAACAUUCUUGCCCAUUGCUGUUUUACCAAUGUCCAGCGAGGCACAGCUUCCAGAAGAAACGAAGAAGGAAGCUUUGCCGGUUGAACAACUUCCUCUGGAGUCCAAGAUGCAGCAGAUAAUGGAACAGAAGAUGAAGAUGAAGCUGGCAAAGAAAAUAAGACUUCCUAGAAAGCGACUUGUUUGCAAGAGGAAGAUGAGGGAGAAGGGACGAUGGCCACCUUCCAAGAUGAAAAAAUUGAAGAAUGUGUGA